UUGGUUCCGGGCCGCACCCGCCCCGCCUUGCGGCCCUCCCUUUUUUCUUCACCCGCGUAAUGGCUGCUCCCAAGACCCAGGGGGCUGCUGCCCGAGGGGAGGAGAACAGUGAUGGCAGCCGUAGUGGAACCGGGGGUGUCAGUUAUGAGGACAGUAAGGAUUGUAUCUUGGAGCCACUUUCUCUGCCAGAAAAUCCAGGUGGCACCACCACUUUAGAAGGUUCUCCAUCUGUGCCUUGUAUUUUCUGUGAAGAGCAUUUUCCUGUGGCUGAACAAGACAAACUUCUGAAGCACAUGAUUAUUGAACAUAAGAUUGUCAUAGCUGAUGUCAAGUUGGUUGCUGAUUUCCAAAGGUACAUUUUAUAUUGGAGGAAAAGGUUCACUGAGCAGCCUGUUACAGAUUUUUGUAGUGUGAUAAGAAUCAACUCCACAGCUCCAUUUGAAGAACAAGACAAUUACUUUUUGUUAUGUGAUGUUUUACCGGAAGAUAGAGUACUUCGAGAAGAACUUCAGAAACAGAGACUGAAAGAAAUUCUGGAACAACAGCAGCAAGAACGAAACGAUAACAAUUUUCAUGGCAUUUGUAUGUUCUGCAGUGAGGAAUUCCUUGGAAACAGAUCUGUUCUUUUGAACCACAUGGCCAGAGAACAUGCUUUCAACAUUGGAUUGCCAGACAACAUUGUUAAUUGCAACGAAUUUCUAUGUACAUUGCAGAAAAAGCUUGACAACUUGCAAUGCUUGUACUGUGAGAAGACCUUCAGAGACAAAAAUACGCUUAAAGAUCAUAUGAGGAAAAAACAGCAUCGGAAGAUCAAUCCUAAGAACAGAGAAUAUGACCGAUUUUAUGUCAUCAAUUAUUUGGAACUUGGAAAAUCGUGGGAAGAAGUUCAGUUGGAAGAUGAUCGGGAGUUGCUAGACCAUCAGGAAGAUGACUGGUCUGAUUGGGAAGAACACCCAGUCUCUGCUGUCUGCCUAUUUUGUGAAAAACAAGCAGAAACAAUUGAGAAAUUAUAUGUUCACAUGGAGGAUGCACAUGAAUUUGAUCUCCUCAAAAUAAAGUCAGAACUUGGAUUAAAUUUCUAUCAGCAAGUGAAACUGGUCAAUUUCAUUCGGAGGCAGAUUCACCAGUGUAGAUGUUAUGGCUGCCAUGUGAAGUUCAAAUCCAAAGCAGACUUAAGGACUCACAUGGAAGAAGCUAAACAUAUAUCACUGCUUCCUGAAAGAAAGACAUGGGAUCAACCAGAGUAUUAUUUUCCAACCUAUGAGAAUGACACUCUACUGUGUACACUGUCUGACAGUGAAAGUGACCUAACAGCUCAGGAACAAAAUGGAACUGUUACCGUCAUCAGUGAAGACACAUCUAAACUGCAUGCUUUGAAACAAAGCAGUAUUUUGAACCAGUUGCUACUACAUGAGUGCUUGAAAAACUAGAAGAAACUGCCACAGAAGCAAUUUUUCAUGUUUUCUCCUAUGUGAUAAACAUGAAAGAAUAGUUUAAAGCUGAACAUCAGCAAAGGAUUAGUCCUUGGUGAAAUAAAAUUUUAAAAAAUGGAUAUUCUUUUCAAAAACUAAAGUAGAAAAAUAAAAUGAAGACUUUUUGUAUUUGGCUCUAAAGUUUUAUUAUAUAAUCAUUAUAAAUGAUCUCAUUAGAUUCAUGAUUAUCUGUAAUAAGGAGGACAUAUAAAUCACAAAGAAAUGAAAUGUUCAAAUUAUUUAUAAACCUAAUUUCAACCAGUGGUUUCAGUAGUUUCAGUUUCUUCCCCACAGGCUUUCUUCAUCCAACAAGUCAAAAAUUUGACAGAUGUGUGCUUUCUGUACUGCAUUGGGCAAGCUAGAAAUGUAGUAACCAAAAGAGGAGCCACGGAGGAAAGGAAAAAUGGUCAAAGAUCAGGAGAAUGCACAGAUUGGACACUAUUUCAGAAUAAUCAAGAGCUGACUAUAUUAUCAUUACUACUUUCUUCUUAGAGUUAUCAAACUGCCUAGAAAUGGAUGUCAAGCCAAAUAACUUCACUUUCCCCUACAAUGUAUAUAUCGCUAACAGAUAAGUACCAUUUUUUGAAAACGAAACCACAAUGCCAUUAUGACAUCUAACAAAAUUAACAAUAACUUCUUAACAUCAUAUAUUUUCAACUUUACGUAGUUGUCUCAAAAAAUCUUUUUACAAUAUUAUCACUUACAGAGCAAAUAUAGGACAAAUAGGACAAAAUAUGCCUCCUGAUAAGAUGCAGUGAGCAGGACAAAAUAUCACUUUUGAAGAUUCCUCUCCAGAACGUAUAAUGUGAAUGUAAUGAAGAAACAUCAGUUUAAUCCAACUUGAGGAAUAGUCUACAAAAUAGUUGGCUUUUACUCUUCAAAAAUCAAGGUCAUGAAAAACCUCGAAAGAAAUACUCUUCCAGAUUAAAGAAGAAUAAAGAAAAAUCACAUGUAAUCCUGGAUUGGCUCCUGGACCAAGAAAAAGUUCUUCUGCUAUAACAGAUAUUAGUUGGACAAUUGGCAAAAUUUGAAUAAAGUCUGUAGUAAAUGUUAUGGUAUUGGUGUUAAUUUCCAGAUUUUGAUCAUUAUGCUCUGGUUAUGUAUGACUGUCCUUCUCUUUAGAAAAUGCACACUGAAGUAUUUAGGGGUAAAGGAACAUUUUGUUUGUAACUUUUUCUCAAAAAA